AUGUUUGUCCCAUUUCCUCUAAAUGACACCUGUGCACCGUCUCCUCUAAAUGACAUAUGUGCACCAUCUCCUCCAAGUGACACCUGCGAACCGUCUCCUCCAAAUGACACCUGCGCGCCGUCUCCUCCAAAUGACAUAUGUGCGCCACCUCCUCCAAGUGACACCUGUGCACCAUCUCCUCCUAGUGGCGCCUGUGCACCGUCGCCUCCAAAUGACACCUGUGCACCGUCUCCUCCAAGUGACAACUGCGCGCCGUCUCCUCCAAGUGACACCUGUGCACAUUCGCCUCCAAGAGACACCUGUGCACAUUCGCCUCCAAAUGACACCUGUGCAAAAUCCAUUUGUCCACUGAAAGAAUCCUGA